AUACUUCCAUACUCGAUACUCAUAAUUCAAAGGUUCUAACAUCUUUUAUAAACCUUUUGUUUAAUCGAUUCGAUCCCCCUUUGAAUUUGUUAGCCUUCUGCAGGCUUUGAAUCUUUAAGUUUCUAAGUAGAAUCUCUCUUUCCAGCACAGAUUUGUGUAGAUAGUUAAUAUUUGAUGGGGGGAACAAGUUCGAAAUCUGAUAGCUACAGGGAGUCUUCGUCAAGUUCAUGGAAUCAAAACGAUUACUUUCAGUCAUCGUCGUAUCCUCACAGCAACCAAAAUUACGCUCCACCUCCUCCGCCGGCGUAUUCGUAUCCAGCAUAUCUGCAAGAAGAUCCGAAUGAUGCUCCUCAGGUGGCAUAUCCUUAUCCUGCACACAAUCAGCAAGCUAGUACUCGGCCACCUCCACCGCAAGUCCAUAGUGGUCAUGCCAAUAAGCCACAAAGAAAGUUUGACAGAAAAUAUUCAAGGAUUGCUGACAACUACGAUUCAUUAGAAGAGGUUACGGAGGCCCUUGCACGUGCUGGCCUGGAGUCUUCUAAUCUCAUACUUGGUAUAGAUUUCACUAAAAGCAAUGAGUGGACAGGUUCAAGAUCAUACAACAGGCGCAGUUUACAUCACAUAGGGGAUGGAUUGAAUCCCUAUGAACAAGCAAUAAGCAUUAUUGGAAAAACGUUGGCAGCUUUUGAUGAGGACAACUUGAUUCCGUGUUAUGGAUUUGGUGAUGCUUCUACACAUGAUCAAGAUGUUUUUAGUUUUUAUCCAGAAGAUGACAGACAUUGUAAUGGGUUUGAGGAAGUAUUAAGCCGAUACAGGGAAAUUGUUCCUCAUCUACGGCUUGCAGGACCAACAUCAUUUGCUCCCAUUAUUGAAAUGGCUAUGACAAUUGUUGAGCAAAGCAGUGGUCAAUAUCAUGUUCUGGUUAUUAUUGCUGAUGGACAGGUAACUAGAAGUGUGGAUACUGAAGGAGGGCAGUUGAGUCCACAGGAGCAGAAAACUGUUGAUGCAAUUGUCAGAGCAAGCAAUCUUCCCCUCUCUAUUGUAUUAGUUGGAGUGGGAGAUGGACCAUGGGACAUGAUGAAGGAGUUUGAUGAUAAUAUCCCUGCAAGGGCUUUUGAUAAUUUUCAGUUUGUCAAUUUUACAGAAAUCAUGUCCAAGAAGCUUUCAACUUCCCGAAAAGAGACUGAAUUUGCUCUUAAAGCUUUGAUGGAAAUACCUUCUCAAUAUAAAGCAAGCAUAGAGCUCAAAAUGUUGGGUAGUCGAAGAGGAAAUGUGCCUACUCGAGUUCCACUCCCUCCCCCUGUAUCUGUUGCAAGUAGCUUCAGCAGCUCAAAAGCUUCACAUUCAUUUAGUUCCAAGCCAAGUGUGCCUUCUUAUGAUGCUUAUAGUAGUUCUCCAUAUGAUGCAUAUAAAAGUCCUGUAGGCAAUGCACCUCCUGCUUCAAGCUCUACGUUUGAUAAUAUGGUUUGUCCAAUCUGCUUAACUAACCCGAAGGACAUGGCUUUUGGUUGUGGGCAUCAGACAUGUUGUGAAUGUGGACAAGAUCUCCAGACGUGCCCCAUUUGCCGCAGCCAAAUUCAAACAAGAAUAAAGCUUUACUAGUUUGUUCGUUAUGUACAUCUAGAUGUUUCUUUGGUUGCUGACUAAAAUUCUUUUUCAAGUCGGAUAUUAACAGGCUAGAAUCUUUUUUUUUUUUUUUUUAUGUAUCUAUUACUAAUACUUCUUGAGUUUGCUGAAAAACGGGUGUACAGUUCUUUGUUCAGAUCUUCCUUUUCCCUGUAAUAUGUUGGCAGUUUUUUUGUCGUGA